CUGCAGUAUAAAUCGAUUGUGAUAAUGUUGACUUGAAUGCAUAUGCCAAACUAACGUUGUUGAUUGGUUGAAACAUUUUCAGACCCAGAACGUGGGAAGUAACCCGCCCUCAUUUCCUUGAUUGACGGCUUUUGUGACCAAUCAAAGCUCUGAUUUGAGAAGGCAGAGCCAAUCGGCGAGCUGCUCGGGCUGGACUGAUGGCAAAUCCAAAGAACUGGCAAAAAUCAAAAAUGGCGCCCAGCUCGAAAUCUGAGAAAGAUGACAACAAACAAAAACACCAGAGAAAACAUAAAGAUCACAUCAUCAAACUCCUCACUCGAGGGCGGCUGAAUGGGCAGCUCUCGCAGCGGCUUUUCCGAAAACUCCCUCCUCGCGUCUGUGUCCCGCUGAAGACCAUCGUCAGUGAGGAGUUCCUCAGAGCAGGGCACAUCUUCCUGGGCUUCACCAAAUGCGGGCGGUACGUGCUGUCCUACACCAGUGACUGUGGAGAGGACGAUGACUUCUCCUUCUACACGUAUCACCUGUACUGGUGGGAGUUUAACCUGCACAGCCGCCUCAAACAGGUGCAUCAUGUGCGUUUGUUUGCGGGCGAGGACAUCUACACCGAUCUCUAUCUGACCGUCUGCGAGUGGCACAACGAUCAUUCCAAGCUGGUCGUCUUCGGCUUCAACACACGCAGCUCCAGUUCAGCCCUGAUGAACAUGAUGAUGAGUGAUGAGAACAACAGAGACAUCUACAUCACCAUCACCUCAAUGCCUCCUGCAGAGCCGUGCAAACAGUGCUGUCCCACGACCACCGUGUCCACCAUACGCACAGGGGGCGAGUGUCUGCAGCACGGGUACGUUCUGAACGCUCGCUAUCAAGUGGUUUAUCCGUUCCCGACCUUCCAGCCGGCGCUGCAGCUGAAGAAGGACCAGGUGAUCCUGCUCAACACCAGCUACUCUCUGGUGGCCUGCGCCAUCUCCCUCUGCCCAGGAGACGGGCAGCAGAAUUGUCAAAACAACCAGAUUCUGUACCGAAAGAGAGAAACGUCCUCCUCCUCUCCUCCUCCUCCUGCUGGACCUUCCUCACCAUCCUCAUCCUCAUCGACCUCAUCUGAGGGGUCACCUGACCUCAGCCAGUUAAAGCCCCAUUUCAUCCCGCUCUCUCCCGGCCAAUCACAGGCUGCCGUGCGGGCCAGGGAGUUUGCCGCUGACAUCUUCCGCCGAGCUCAGGCCGGAACGAGGGAACACGACAGGUGCAAAGCCAAAGAGAAAGAAGAGAGAGAACCCCAGCGAUCCCACGGCGAGGAAGAGCGAACGAGGGAGAGACGUGAACGAGACGCUGAGGUCCCGGGACCCUCGUCUUCCUCCUCUGUGGGGAACCAAAGCUCAGUGCUGCCCGCAGAGGAAAGCGCUGUGUGUCGCACUGUCAUGUCUCCGGGAUCCGUCUCCUCUCUGUCUCCACACGCUCAUGAACCUUCAUCCUCCUCUUCCUCCUCCUCAGAACCUGCUUACGUCAACUACUCCACUCUCAGAUACAGACUCCCACAGGCCCGAGCGGCGGAGCAGCCCAGUGGAGAGGAGGAUGAUAAAGUGCAGCUCCCGUUCACUGUGACGGACCUGAAGGGGCGAAACUUACAGCUGGUGACGGGACAGUACAGCGGUCAGUGUGUGUGUAUCGAGCAGCUGACGCUGGAUUUCGAGUACCUCAUCAACGAGGUCAUCAGGAAUGAUGCGGUCUGGGGCUCGCAGUUCUGCUCCUUCAGCGACUAUGACGUCGUCAUCCUCGAGGUUUGCCCGGAGACCAACAAAGUGGUGAUCAACAUCGGGCUGCUGCUACUGGCCUUCUCUAAUUGUGAGGAUGAGCACUGCAGACCAAAGUCGUAUCACUCCAGUCUGCAGGUCAGUUGGGACUUAAACACGGGAGCCUGUCGCACAGUCGGCGUGGGCGACCUCACUGAGGUCAAAGGUCAGACCAGCGGGAGUGUGUGGAGCUCCUACAGGAAGUCGUGUGUGAACACCGUGAUGCGGUGGCUCGUCCCCGAGAGCAGCUCGCGCUACAUCAACCGCAUGACCAACGAGGCCAUGCAUAAAGGUUCUUCUCUCCAGGUGUUGGCUGAUAAUGACAGAAGCACGUGGAUCGUCCUGUGAGACACACACACACACGUGCUGCUCUACAGUCCAAACGCACUCGCUCUCCGUGUCUCCGUCAUGUGGGAGUGCAUUAUUCAGGGACCGGCAGAUAAAUACUCGUUUUGGCCAAACCGAUCCCGGCUGUGUGUCCCGACACUCUGGGAUCUCCACAUCAGACCUGUGACUUUACGAAACACGCCAUUCAGAUGCAAAACACUGCUGAAGAACUGAAGUCUGCCCACACACACACUUGUUUUGAUGUUGUUUGGAAAGUGCAUCAGGACGGUUUGGUGGGCGGAUAGAGACAGCAGGGAAGAGACGCUGCUUUGUUGUUAUUUUUGUUUUGUUUGUUUCAGGACACAGUUGUUUACACCAUUUAGGCAUCAGCCAAUCAGAAGCCGUCGACGACGACAGUGGUCGUGGCCUCACAGCUGGACUGGAUGAGAAUAUUGUUUUUACGCAACAUUGUUUUACUUUAUUUUUGAUAAAAUUAAAUAUUCCUUGAAUAGUU